UAAAUAACUUAUAACAUAACAUCCAUGAGUAUACCAAUCUAUUAUAAACAUGACCAACAAAUUAAUAAGUAGAGUACUGCUAUAAGUGUAAGCUUAUCUAGUGAGUGAGGAAAACAAGGAUUUUGCUCUCUCUAACUCUCUUUUUUCCUCAAAAUCCUAUUAUUAUCAAGAAGAAGAAAAAAAAGAUCCAAGGAACUGUCAAGCCAUCAAUCAAUCAAAUCAAAUCAAUCACAAAAGCAGGAACCAAUCAGUUUGGAAGAAAUAGGAAAGAAUUUAGAGAGUAAUAAUAUAAUUAUGUCCUCUUCAAAUAGCUUGUCAUUGGACCACCUCCCUCCUCCUCCUCCUUCAGAGCAGCUCUGCUAUGUCCAUUGCAACAACUGUGACACUGUCCUCGCGGUAAGUGUACCCUGCACAAGUUUGUUCAAGACUGUAACGGUUCGAUGUGGGCAUUGUGCUAAUCUUUUGCCUGGAUGGCUUUUGCCUUCUACUAAUCAUCAUCAUCAACUUCAUCAUUUUGGUCACUCUUACUUCUCUCCUUCCCACAACCUUCUGGAAGAAAUAAGCAAUGCAACCCCAAAUUUCUUGAUGAAUCAGGGUAAUUCUGCUCAUGAUUUUGUCCUGCCUGCUAGACCUGGAUUUGAUGAUCUUCCUAGACCUCCACCGGUUAUUAACAGACCGCCUGAGAAGAGACAGCGAGUCCCCUCUGCUUACAACCGAUUCAUCAAGGAAGAGAUCCAACGCAUAAAAGCAGGAAAUCCUGACAUUAGCCACAGAGAAGCCUUCAGCGCUGCUGCAAAAAAUUGGGCCCACUUUCCACACAUUCAAUUUGGUCUCAUGACGGAUCAGACUGUUAAGAGGACCAAUGUGCGUCAACAGGAUGGAGAAGAUGUUCUUAUGAAAGAUGGCUUGUUUAGUACUUCAGCCAAUGUUAGUGUAUCUCCAUAUUGAUUGGAUGAGAAUCAAAAGUGAACAAGUUUUGUGAUCAAUGAAGAAGCUAUAGUAGCUAGCUUGCACCUAAGUGUCUAACCAAUUAAUGUGACUCGUCCUAGUGUAUCGUCGAAUGUUUAAUUUUCUUCUAGACUUUCUCUUUUUUUUUAUUAUCCUUGUGUUGAAGUGUACUUUUGGCUUCAAUGUCUCAACUUUCGUUUGAACA